AUGGCUCCUCACGAAGAUGGAGAGAAUAACUUCUCCGAUGACGAUUUUCUUAACGAUAUACCAGCAGAUGCCCUAGAAGAACUUGAGAACAAUGCUAUAGCAUUCACCCAAGCUCAGAUCAAAGCCCCUCCUUCUUCCGAUUAUGGGGAAGAGCUCGACGAUGACGAUUUAGAUGAUGCUGUCGUCGUCGAUGAGGCCAGAAGUGUGCCUGCGGUGGCACCAUAUGUACCUCGAAACAAUGUCAAUCAAGCCACCCAACAAGAACAAUUUCGACAGCAGCAGCAACGUCAUAGGGCAAACAUUGUGAACAGGCCUAGAAAUUAUAUCGCUCCUCCUCGUUCCCGACAACCAGACGUCUUACAACAGCCAAUUCCAAAUCCAGUUUCACGAGAGACUUCGAACCUUUCUCGGUUGGAGAGUCAAUCAGUUGUAGAUGGUGAUAAUGAGGCCCUCAAAAAGUUGGUGCAAGAGUUGCAACAAAAAAAUAAAGCUCUCGAACAAGAAGCUCUAUCAAAAAAUGGCGAAAUCUCUAUUCUACGUGGGAAGAUGGACAAAUCGCAAAAGGAAUAUGAACGCACACAAGCGGCAAAAGAGAAGUUACACGCGGAGCAAUUGGCAAAGCUACAGAAAGAUAGGGAGGCUGCAGAGAUUGCUGCAAGAAAUGCUGCAAUUGAGCGAGAUUUCACAAAGCAAGACUUAUUUGAAGAAACCGAACGAGCCAGGAAGUUAGGUAAAACUAAAAAUGCGAAGGAUCCACAAGUUAUGACUCCGAAGAAAACAGAGCCGAUGCCAUUCAGGGAUGGGUUCGAUGAUGAUGAAAUCGAGGUGAUUUCUCCUAGUAAAAUGUCCCCAUCGAAGUUUCAGAAACGUCAACCUGGUACACCAUCAAGGGCAGCAAAACGGAAACGCAAGGCAAACGAUAGCCCUUCAGCUAGUGCUUUGGAUAUGGUUCCUGUUCCAGACCAACCUUCACAACCCCAAAAGCUUCCUUUCUUGGACGAAUCAAUAUUAGAGAGGCUUGUUUUGCAGGAUGAUCGAUCGGAUUUCCUCGCGGCAAUGCUAGAUCAUCGACCUGAUCGUGAACACUUGAGGACUCUUGAAGCAUUUAGUAAGUAUGCUUUACCAUCGUCCCCCAAUGAAUACUUUUCAUCUCAGAUUCUUGGAGAGAUUCCAAGAAUUGGUACAAAAAAGCCUAUAUCAGAGGUACCAUCUGAGUUCUGCUUGUUUCUAAUAGAAUUAUGGUCUAAGUGUAUGGAUGAAAGCUAUUAUACCCCUGUUUACUUGUUUGUGGAUAUUCUCACAUUUGCGCUCGAGAUCAAAACUCUCUCCAUCGUACCGCAUGUAAUCGAUCAACUCAUUCCCUUGGUACAAAAAACUGCUGAUCUCGUGGCGAUCCCUCGCUUCAAAACCGAGUCACCCCAUCCUUUUGAUAAAGACAUCAAUGUAUCCGCUUGUUUGGCUCUCAUUCACCUCGCUGCAUUGGGAUGCGUCCCCGACCCGGAGCAGAUCACUAGAUUUUGGAAAUUGAUGCGAUGGGACUUUGUUCUUCUCAUGCUUAGUCAGAACCAGCUAGUGGCAGAUUUUGAGUGGAUGCUGCGAAUUCUAUCUACUGGUGUUUUGAAAAAUAGUUUCGGUAGCAAUGUGGAUGAUAAUCCAAAGUUGAGAACAUCAGCAAAUGCCAGUCAUAUCAUAGAACGUCUGACAUAUCCACUAUUCGAGGUACCCUGGUUCCCCUCGAGCGGGACCAAGGUUGACGCCGAUGUCGUCCUAAAACUACGUCUGCAAAUAAUUUUACUGUUGACUGGUAUGACUCGGUCACCAUAUGCUGGAAAUGCACUUGUUUCCCAUCCAACUGCAAUUGGCAGAAUCGUCAGUUUGAUAAGCGAUGAAUUAGAUGGCCUAUAUGACCAUAAAUCUGGCCGUGAGGAGAGUGCUCGUCUCAUAAGUCUCGCAACUCGGCUUCUGUUCCAUCUUGUCACUCGAUACGAAUUCGAUAUGCAAAAGAAAUUAUCAGUCAUUCGUGGGGGGUCACAGAAAUACCUACUCUGUUUGGCUAGGCUUAACUUUUCUGAGGAUGAUUUAGUUUUUGAGUCCGGUAUUGAUCCAGAUAUCCCCGGAUGUGCACUAGAAAUGUUGGAAAUGGUCGUAACGCCCGAGGAAGGAGAAGCUAUACAAGAAGCUUUGUCAAAUGGGUGA